CACUUCCUGGGAGUGCCCUACUCCCACGACCAGGGCCCCUGCCAGAAUCUCACCUGCUUCCCACCUGACAUCAAGUGCUUCGGGACUUGUGACCAAGGUGUAGUGCCGGUCCCGCUGCUCUGGAACCAGAGCAUCGUGCAGCAGCCAGUCUCCUUCCCUGAUCUGGUGCCACUCUACAACAAAUUCUCCCGGGACUUCAUCGCUGACUGUGCCCGACGAGGCCUCCCCUUCCUGCUCUACUAUGCCUCCCACCAUACGCACUACCCGCAGUUUGCCAGCCAGGAGUACGCAGGGCAGUCACGGCGUGGGCCGUUUGGUGAUGCGCUCCUGGAGUUUGAUGGUGCCGUGGGACAGCUGCUGCAGGCACUGCAGGAAAAUGGUCUUGCAAACACCACCUUGGUGUUUUUCACCUCUGACAACGGCCCCUCCACCCUGCGGAUGGCACGUGGAGGUAGCUCUGGCCAUCUGAAGUGUGGGAAGGGCACAACAUACGAAGGUGGCAUGCGGGAACCAGCAGUGGCUUAUUGGCCGGGCCAUAUCACUCCAGGAGUGACGCAUGAGCUGGCAAGCACCUUGGACAUCCUGCCAACCCUGGCUACCCUGGCUGGAGCAGCUCUUCCCAAAGUUGCCCUGGAUGGCUAUGACCUGAGUCCAGUGUUGUUUGGGUCAGGGAAGAGUCCCCGCCAGACGAUGUUCUUCUACCCGCCGUCACCCGACCCCCUGCACGGCCCCUUCGCCGUCAGGCUUGGGAAGUACAAGGCCCACUACUUCACACAAGGUUCCUUUCACAGUGAUACCACCCCAGACCAGGCGUGCCACGGGCUGACCCCACUCACCUCUCACGUGCCCCCGCUGCUCUUCGACCUGGAGUCAGACCCAGCCGAGAACUAUGAUCUGCUGCAGAGCGGCGCAGGGCCGGAGGUUCUGCAAGUCCUGAAGGAGAUCAAACUGCAGAAAGUGCUUUUUGAACAGCGCAUGGAGUUUGGGGAAAGCCAGAUGAGCAAGGGCAGGGAUCCCACUCUGCAGCCCUGCUGCGUACCAAACUGCACUCCUAAGCCUUCCUGCUGCCGCUGCUCCUAG